ACAUGACCCGGGUUUAAUACUUGUUGUCAUCACAGAAGCUUUAAAAUGUGAACCUUGAAGACUUUGUUUAAUAACGGUGUAUUAAACAUGUUUCUGGGAGAGUAAAAUGGAAAUUCCUGUUAGAGUUGUAUCAAGGGUGAGACCUCAUACACCACAAGAACAAAACCAUGGCAACUGUGUUGAGGUCGCUCCAGCAUCUUCUCAGAUCAUAUUGGGGUAUGACCAUUUCUGUGACUUUGAUGCUGUAUUUGGCCCAGACGUUACUCAGAAGGAACUCUAUAAAGCAUGUUUGGCGGAUUUGGUAGUGAAUUUCUUUCAGGGGUACAAUGUAACUGUUCUCGGUUAUGGCCAACGAGGUUCUGGGAAGACCUAUACCAUCACUGGCCCAGAUUUUCUAUGGGCUAUGAAUGAAGAGGAGUUUGGUCUACUGCCACAAGCUGUCCGCCAUGUGUUCAACCUCAUGAGGGAGUGUCCGGGGCGAGAGUAUCGGGUACACGUGAGCUACUUGGUGGUUCAGAGGGAUGCUGUUUAUGAUUUACUCUCCACAUCAAACUCCUACAUGCAGCUGAAUGUCUUAGAAGAUAAUAUGGGCAGUGUAGUGAUUCCUGGCUUGAAUGUGAUUGACUGCAGUAACAUCACAGAAGUCAUCAACUGCCUGGAGGCUGGACUAGUCCAUCGCCACACUGUAGCCAUCCAGAGUCAUGAUCCCUCCAGUUCACAUGCAAUUUUCUCCCUCAUUUUGGAACAUCAGUGGAGUGAUCCAGAUGGAAAAUUGAAGUACCUCUAUUCUCGUAUGAACUUCGUAGACCUUGGUGGCUCUGAGCGAUUGAUGCAGCUUGGAUAUAGUGGUUUUGGCCUCCCAAAUGAAGAAUCAUUUUUCCUAAACUCUGACUUGAAAGCAUUGGGCAAUGUUAUUCAUUGCUUAGCAGAUCAAUCGUAUGUUGGUCCCAUUCCUUACAGGGAGUCAAGACUUACUCAUAUCUUGAAGGAUGCUUUUGGGGGCAACAGUUUAAGUUUGAUGUUGUGUUGUGUAUCUCCAUCUCCUGAAAAUUUUGAUGCCACCUUCAACACACUUAAAUAUGGAGGUUUAGCCCGCUACAUUCUGAACUGUCCUGCAGUCAACAUGGCUAUACAGAACAGUGCUCGAGGGUCUACUACCACAACAACUCCCUGUUCUGCACAAACAACUCUUAGGCAUCAGUCAGGAAGCAGACAGUCUACAUUAACUGGUAUGCAGAGUAGUGUCCAGCAGUCACUAGGAACCAUUCAGCAGUCAACAGGGACAAAUGAUACAUCUGUUAUAGGCUUAGAAGAUGCAGGAUCACUUGAUACUGAGGACUUAUUCAAAUUUCAGUUUGCUGCAUCUCAGUGGCAACUCCUUGUCUCAAGUGCAGAGGACCUACUCUCUGAGAUUCUUCGAAGUACUCAAGUGUCUCCGUCUGAGAAGACCCGCAUAGAGUCAUGGCUGUGCAUGAAAGCAGAAGCUGAAGAGUGCAUUGGGACAGAUCUUGGUCCUUUACGCUUCAAUACUGCCACUAAUAGAGUCUUAGAAGUCAUAGAGGAACUCAGUGAACCAGAAGUUAAUGGCACUUCAGUGUCAUCGCCAUCGCAUACUGACAGUGAUUCAUCAUCAAUGUCGUCACUGGGAGAGGAGUUUUAUGAUCACCUGGUUGUUCUCAAGGACAAAUUUCAAGCUCUUACUGAACAGCUUGUGGAGCAUGUGCAAGAGAGUCAUGACACUCAAGUAAGAGAUAGCUUUGAGAGGAGGACGUCGCAGUCAUCAAAGAGAGAGGAUGAAACCGAGUCAAAGAAAACGUCUCGUAAAUCAUCGAGGUACUCAGGGAAGGCUUCGGAUGCUCUUUUGUUACGUCGAGGACUCCAGGGUGCACCGAGGAGGACAGACAAUGCCAAUAGGUCACUCGGAAGAAGUUUGUCUGCUGCUUCCUCUGUGACAUCACCAUCUCCUGAAGAACAUUGCUCAUCUGUGAUAAUAGUAGAGAAAUCUUCAAUAUGUUCUGAAGAAGAUGGUGAUGUUAGUUCGUCCCACAGAUCAAUUGUAUCAGCCAUAGAGUCAGAAAGAGAUGACCAGAGUGGCAGAAGAAAGCAGUCGCAGUCAUAUGCUUCUGAUACAUCUCAAACAUCAAUAUCUUCAAGAAAAGAAUCUAAGUCUGAUAAGAAUACAGCAGAAGAAGAAGUUCAGUGUGUAUCCUUGGUAGAAGAAGUGAAGAGAUUAUCAGCAUCUCAAGAAUCUCGGCGGGGCCAAGUGCGGAGAGUAAGUGUAGAGUUAAGAGCAGCUCAGCAGAGACUCAAACAACUAAAUGCUACCAUCAGAUUGAAGGAAGCUUUCAUCCGUGAACUAGUACGUAGUGGAGGCGAGGCUGAAGUAACAAAGCGAAAGUGUGAAGCUAAGAUGGGACGACUUGAAAAGGAGGUUAACCGUGCCCGCCAACUCUACCAGGAGGCACAGAAUCAACUCACAGAACUUCGUGAAGGAGAAUCCGUGGACAAGAAUCAGUUUCGCAGCCGAGUUGACUCACUCAAGAAACAGAUAUCGCAUUACCAGAAGAAGUUGGCAACGUUAGAAAAAGUAGCUGAUAUCUCUCAACAAGGAGACACUAAGGUUGCAGAACUUGAGGGUAGUGUGAGGGAGAUGAGGAGGCAGCAAGAGGAACUUCAAACCCGCCUGAGGGAAGAGACACAACGUAAGGAAGAACUUGAACAGCAGAUAAUAAUAGACCAACGACGCAUGAGGGAUCUAGAGAUACGUUUGAAGCAAGGAGAAGGUGAGUCAGAAAGUGACCGUGGUUGGUUGGCAGAGGAGGAAGACAGAAUCCUGCGUUUAAGGGAAGCAACACAACAAUUACAGAAUGAAGUGGAGCAAAGGGAAGAAGCACUCAAACAAAGGGAACGCAUGCAUAAAGAAAAGUUGCGUCUUCAGAUUUCAAGGCCUAGUGCUCAAUCUGGUGUUAGUGAUGAGGAAGCCACUAGUAGUGUGUUGGAGCGUCGAGAGUCUGACCUUCGUGAGGAGAUCUCACACCUGCGGGACGCUCGAGAUUCUCUCAUGAUGCGCAGACAGAAACUGGACCGCAGGAUCCACCGGAGUCAUGGAAGAGGAGUGGGGUCUGGGGAGGAGCGGCGACUGUUGGAACUGGAUGAGGCCAUAGAAGCUGUGGAUGCUGCCAUUGAGUACAAGAAUGAGGUGAUAUGCGGGCGGACGAGAGAGCUGAAAUGUCAUGCCAAACUUCUCAAUCAGGAUAACCUUAUGGAGAGACUAAUGAAUCUGUGUCCAGAGGAAACCCGGUCCCUUCUAGUCAAGUAUUUCAAUAAGGUGAUAGAUCUUCGAAUUGAGUUCAGGAAGCAGGAGAUUAUGUUUUCAGAUCUUGAGAACCAGUAUGAGGAACAGUCAAGGUAUAUAAGUGACUUGAAGGCAGCAUACCAACAAGCCAGUUUGGAGAUGGAGAGACGUAUUACAUCACAGCAGCGUGAUUACCAACAAAAAAUAUCUACAUUGUUACGACAAUUCAACGAUGACUCCUCAGGAUCAGGUGCUCAUGAAUUCCGUUUACGAGAAAUGGAAAAGCAAUUAUUUUAUUAUAAGAAGCUAAGCCGAGACUUAAAGGCCAAGCUACGACAGUAUAGUGAAGAUGCCCGAAAUGAUAGAUUCAGGGAUGAACAGGCAGGUCAAUCAUCACAGCCCUUUGCUACUGCUUCAGGUCACCCAGAAGCAGGUCCUUUUACUACCCGGCGUCACCCACUCAUACCCUCUCAUCCUCCUGCGCCAAUUUUACCAAGAAGGACCCGGAUGCAAGCUGCAGAACAGGCUGCUAAACAUCCAGUGCCACAAACUAAAGUUACUAGAGAGAAAAACAAGAUCAUUAUACAACAAAAAUCAGACAGACAAGGGAAAACAAAAAACAGUUUGGAAUCCAGAUAGAUGAAAAUUAUAACAGAUAAACAAGUGAUAAUAUAAUGGUAGAACCGGUAGUGUUUUAUUCUUUAUAUCUUAAAUAACUAUUAUUUUUAGUAACAAACAAAUAAGUCAGCCAAAGAUAGCAUAUCAAAAGAUAGAUACUAUUACUGUACAGUGAUAUCCAGUUAGCAGGAACAAUUGGUGCAGAGCACUUCCGGGGAUGGGAGACGUCCGGGUAUCCAGACGACUUUCACAAACCCUGAAACAUUCUUUAUCCCCAGAAUUUUUUCCGGUUACUGGGAAAAGUUCCGAGAGUCUAAACUACGCAGCUUGCACAGAUAUACACUAGCCCCUCAGAAUGUUUCUGGGUACCGGGGAAAGUUUUCGAAGAGUCUAAACUACCGGAGUUUGUAAGAGCAGUUCUAAUUAAGUUAAAAAUUCCAUUUCUAGUAAUAUCUCCAUUAGCCGG